GUGGACUAUCUAUUAAUCAUUGUUGUUAAAGAAAGUUUAAUUAAUAAGUGAAUCUGCUUGUUCCAGCAACACCGUCUCUGAAGAGAAUGGGAACUAGAGAGGUGUACGAAGAGAAACUGAGGAAUGGAAAUCUCCACUUUGAUCCAACCCUAAACCCCGGCGUUGGUUCCGCUCGUUGCCCUCGUUGUCUCUCUCUUCUCAACCCUAAUUCCGAAAGAGGUGAAUGGACUAUCACUCCCGUUUUACAUGAUGCAACCGCCAUCGUUGGCUCCGGGGUUGGUGGAAUGCUUAGUGCAGUUCAUGGUUUGAAUAAUGGGUUACCAUAUCUUCAAAAUCGUCUGAAAGGACCGAAGUGGCUGCCUUUUGUGGUUGGGAUCCCUCCAUUGUUGAUAUUUGCAGGAGCUAGUGCUGCAUUUGGAGGUUAUGUACUUCCAAAGUUCGCUCAACUCACAGUAACAUCCUAUUAUGCGUCCUCGAGUGCAUCACAUUAUGGAAUCUCUCUUCUCACCCGGCAUAUUGAAGAGAACUACAAAUCCAAUCCACCGCAUCUGAAGAGGCUCUGAUGAUUCCUUUCAUGUGUCAUUCAUUACAAGCAUGGCACAUUACGGUUUGGCAAUUUUGUUUACGUUAAUAUUUGAUAGAUCUGCGUGCCUGCAGAAAUACCGUCUUGUGGAUGGUUAGAAUUUUGGAGGUUUAAGUUAUGUUUUUGUAUUACUCCAUCUUGAAAUGAUUAUAAUGUAAAUAAUGAUUUUGUAAUGUACUUUGAAGCUGCAAUAACCUCAUUUUCAAUAGUAUGGUGCCCUGUUUUAGGGAGCAGGCGUUAAGUGUGAAACUAACAAAAUCAAAUAAACCUUUUUUAA